GACAUCAGCCAGCUCUUGUGUCACCUUCCACAUCCACAUGUUGCUCUUUGGUAAGUGCAACUCCGAUCAUGAAUAGUAGGUCAUGUAGGCACUCCCGAUUGCGUUCACGACCUCGAGUAAUGCUGCAUUGAGCUCCAAUCCGCCGCUCACCAACCUAAAGCACACUAACGAGAAUCGCCUCUUUGCAGCCACCUCGAACCCCCUAUCCGCUCGCACCAACAUCUCAAACCGCCUUGCCUAUCGCACAUCAUUGCUCCAUAUGUGGCUCUGCAACCACACCGCACCAUGGCUCGGCAGCUCUAGCCACAACUAGAUUGCCCUGAACCUUCGGUUCGAGACUAUCUAUCUCCCAGUCCACUAUUGUUAUCCGUGGCCUUGUUCUUUAGGAACUCUGUGCUCGUGCCGAGGGCUCGCACGAGCGUAUAAGUGUCCCUCACCCAUGUACAGCUGCAGUCCAUGUAGGUCAAGAGCCACUAGUGUGGGCCUAGGCUGAAAGAAUCAGCGAGCUCUACACCAUCGAGGUAGUACCGGAACUCAGGACAUAUGCGCAAUUACCAGCGUCGACAUGGACCCAUACCUAGUAUUUGUUCGCCACAUCUCCGAGUCGAGUCCCUCCGAAGGGUCCACUACAGUAGAAGAGGUGGUCCCAACAGUGGCGCACAAGAAAAAAGGGGUGAGCCCAGCCACCCUAUCCGCCACUAUUGCAGCUUCAAAAGCUCCUGGGGAGAGGGCAAAGUCAAAGGCUCCCGAAGUUGGGAGUACCCAGAGGUUUUCCGGGGAGAUGCCAGCAACGCUGGCUGCCUUAUUUAGGGCGGGCUGUGCGGAUCUAACGCCUGCUUAUGGUGCUUCAGUGCUUUCAAGGCACGUUGAUAUGCGGAGAAAAUUUUAGGAGAUGGUAGAUCGUGAAAUGGGGUUAUCUACCUCAAAUAUAAGCUUGAAAAGCAUUCCAGAAUCCAGACUGCAAUAUUUCAAUGGAAAUGGGCUCCUUGGGCAUGAGGUCUAGCAUUGAGGUUGACGUUCUAUUUCCUUCCUAUCUGGAUUUCAAUGUUGAUUGUUGUUAUAUCCCCUCAUUCCAAUAGACCUUUGGCUUGAGGAACCCUGGAAUUGACCAGA